AUGUUGACGGCUCUCUUUGUUCUUAAUUCCCUAGCUUUUGCUGCCGCUCAUGGCACUCACGAUGACCAGAAAACUCUCUCUGGGCCGCAUCAGUCCUUGUGGUACAAUGUUCUGCCUGGGGAUGGUGGAACGCAGGCCGACUCGGUAUUCUCUGGGAUCUCUACCUUUGGGCGCUUGCCAUACCAAGCUUGCUUAGGCCACGAGGAGAUAGAUUAUGAUCUUGCAUUCAUAGGGGCACCAUUCGAUACUGGCACGUCGUACCGGCCCGGUGCUCGGUUCGGUCCCUCGGGAAUUCGUCAGGGAUCUCGACGUCUCAACCUCUACGGAGGAUACAAUGUACCCUUAGCCACAAAUCCAUUGGUCCUUGACUGUGGCGAUAUCCCAGUGACAUCUUAUGACAACACCUGGGCUCUGAAGCAAAUCGAAGAGGGCCACUACAACAUCUUAUCUCGAGCCCCAAAGACGGCUGCAGACAAGCCUGGGCCAGCUAAAAAGGGGAAAACUCUACCACGAGUCAUCACUCUUGGUGGUGACCACACCAUCACCCUCCCUUUACUCCGCUCGAUCAACCGAGCAUACGGUCCCGUAACAGUCAUCCACUUCGAUAGCCAUCUAGACACCUGGCGCCCCAAAGUCUUCGGCGGCUCCCCUUCCGAGGUCGCAAGCAUCAACCACGGAACAUACUUCUACCACGCGGCACAGGAGGGCCUGCUCGCCAACGACACUAACAUCCACGCGGGUAUCCGCACCACGCUCAGCGGGCCCAGCGACUACGAGAACGACGGGUACUGCGGCUUCGAGAUCGUCGAGGCCCGUGAGAUCGACCAAAUCGGCGCCGAAGGCAUCAUCAAGAAGAUCGUGGAGCGCGUCGGCACGACCAACCCCGUCUACUUGUCCCUCGACAUCGAUACCUUGGACCCGGCCUUUGCGCCGGCUACGGGGACUCCGGAGACGGGUGGCUGGAGCACUAGGGAGCUGCGCACGAUUUUGAGGGGCUUGGAGCAUGUUAAUCUGAUUGGCGCGGAUAUCGUCGAGGUUGCCCCUGCUUAUGACACGAAUGCCGAGCACACCACGAUGGCGGCAGCCGAUGCUUUAUACGAAAUCAUGAGCAUCAUGUUAAAAAAGGGGCCGUUGAGCAACAUGGUCUCUGCCGGUUCUGAGGAAGAGCUAUGA